AUUAAUCACAUAUAAACGCGGCGUGUGAGUGACCGGUCGUUAGCGUGAUUGCGAAACUUUUCUAAUAAAAUAAGUGCAACAAACAACAAAAUGAAAGGAGACAAGAACGUUGAUAUCCAAGCCCUCAAAGACAUCGCCAACAAGCUAAGAAUUGAUAGUAUUGUUGCUACAAACGCUUCAAAAUCUGGUCACCCCACGUCAUGCGCGUCAAUGGCCGAGAUCAUGUCGGUGCUGUUCUUCCACACCAUGCGCUACAAAGUCUCUGCGCCCAGGGACGCCUCCGCAGACAGGUUCAUUCUGUCCAAGGGUCAUGCCGCCCCCAUCCUAUACGCGGCGUGGGCUGAGGCCGGCCUCUUCCCCCUGGACGACUUGAAGAACCUGCGCAAGCUGGACUCUGACCUCGAAGGUCACCCGACCCCCAGACUCAACUUCGUGGACGUGGGCACCGGCUCGCUGGGCCAGGGCCUGGCCGUCGCUGCCGGUAUGGCCUAUGUUGGCAAAUACUUCGACCAGGCUCCUUACAGGGUGUACUGCUUAGUCGGGGACGGUGAAGCCGCGGAGGGUAGCAUCUGGGAGUCCCUGCACUUCGCAAGCCACUACAAGCUAGACAACCUGGUGGUCAUCUUCGACGUCAACCGUCUGGGGCAGUCCGAGCCCACUUCUCUGCAGCACCAGUUGAACGUAUACGACGCCCGACUAAAAUCCUUCGGUCUCCACUCGCUCGUGGUCGACGGCCAUGACGUCACAGAGCUGGUGAAGGCAUUCGACGAGGCCGCCGGCACCGCGGGCAAGCCCACGGCCAUUGUGGCCAAGACCUUCAAGGGCAAGGGAUUCCCCGGCAUUGAGGACUUGGAGAACUGGCAUGGAAAGGCCUUGGGACCUGAUGGGGAGAAGAUCAUCAAGCACCUGCAAAGCCAAAUCAAGAACGCCACCGUAUCGCUGAAACCCAAGCCGCCGCUGAGCGAGGCGCCGCACGUGCACCUGCGCGACGUGACGCUGUCGUCGCCGCCCGCGUACGCGCGCGGGCAGCUCGUGGCCACGCGCCUCGCCUACGGCACAGCUUUGAAGAAAAUCGCUGAUACCAACAUGCGUGUGAUCGCCCUCGACGGAGACACCAAGAAUUCAACCUUCAGUGACAAAUUGCGCAACGCUUACCCGGAUAGAUACAUCGAAUGCUUCAUCGCGGAACAGAAUUUGGUGGGAGUGGCCACCGGCGCCGCCUGCCGCGACCGCGCCGUGGUGUUCGCGUCCACCUUCGCCGCCUUCUUCACCAGGACCUUCGAUCAGAUCCGCAUGGGCGCCAUCAGUCAAUCGAACAUAAACCUGGCAGGGUCGCACUGCGGGGUCAGCAUCGGCGAAGAUGGACCUUCCCAGAUGGGACUCGAAGAUCUGGCGCUGUUCAGAGCUGUGCCCACCGCCACUGUCUUCUAUCCCUCUGACGCAGUGUCGACAGAACGCGCGGUGGAGCUGGCGGCCAACACGAAGGGCAUCUGCUAUCUGCGGACCUCGAGACCAAACACCGCCAUACUGUACCCUAAUGAUGAGGUCUUCAAGGUGGGUCAAGCUAAGAUCGUGCGCGAAUCGCCCAAAGACAAAGUGUUGUUGAUCGGCGCCGGCAUCACGCUGCACGAGGCUCUAGCCGCUGCUGACACACUCAAAGCCGAAGGUGUGGAGGCCCGAGUGCUGGACCCAUUCACCAUCAAGCCGCUGGACGAGGCGGCCGUAGUCAGGCACGCGCGCGCGGCGCACGGCCGCGUUGUGGUCGUCGAGGACCACUACCAGGCUGGUGGAGUCGGUGAGGCAGUCCUGUCAGCGCUGGCGCUGGAGCGCGACGUGAUCGUGAAGCACAUAUUCGUGCGCGAGGUGCCGCGCUCGGGCGCGCCCAGCGCGCUGCUGGACAGGUACGGGCUGUCCGCGCCGCACGUGGCCGCGGCGGCGCGCGCCAUCCUCAAGGCGUAAGGGACCACCGCGUGCUGUUCUUGUACUAAAUUGUUCUGCAUUUAUCCGCUAGAUGGCGACACCUUGAUGUUCAAGUGGUUAGGCUAGAAUGAUUGGGCCCAUUUGUAAUGUGAUUUUGUACACAGAUUUCUCGUAAUGUCUCGCUUAGAUUGUGAAAUUUACCUAUGUAAUUGAAUUACAAUUAGGUGCUGUGAUAAAAGUUUGAUAAUAUAUCAUUGUGGAAAUUCGUUUACGUUAAAUUUUACAUUCCAAGUUUAGAAUGAAUAAAGGAAUGAUUACAAGAACAGCGACGUCAAUUUUGAAACCAUAGACAAUGUACGAAUCCAUAUUUAUGGUUAUGAUAAGUCUAUGGUCCGUAGUUCCUAAGCAUCGUUUUUGUCGAUAGAGAUAUCGAUGUCGUUUGUUAUGCAUUUACACAAAUGAAGAUCUAUCUUUUUAUAUAUAUCUAUAAGUGCCUUUACAUAGUAUGCUGAACAAGGUAUAUAGACUGUUGGUUUUUGGAUGGAUUUUUGAAGGGUUAGCUCGUAAGGACAUAGUGUUAAAAUCCAAUAUGUUGGUAUAUUUUAAGAUUUUAUUCAUGCCAGCUUAUAUUUGAUGGGGCCAAGGCUAUGUUUUAAUUGUUUAUUUAAAAAUUAUGCACAAAUGAUUAAAAAAAUAGUUUUUUUUUUCCAUGUUUUUCUAAUAUGUGGGCUUCCUUUCUCAUUGUUAUAAAUAAUAGACUUAACAUAUUUUGGUUAAUGUUUAAUUGGGACGUUUUACAUUCCUGUUGAUUGCAUUUUCAUAUAUUUUUCAUCACAGAAUAAAUCGAUUUCUGUAAUAAACUUUUUGAUUAUAAAAA